GAGAAUUGGUCAUUUUUAGUCCCAGAAUAGAGAUGGGCUGCAGCAGCCUCCCAGCUUCACGGUUUCUGCCGUUCUGCUGCUUUUUCUCUUGCUGAUCUGUCACUUCCAUGCUCCAGGAUUUCUCUGACCAGAGAGACAUGGCCAAACAACCGGCCAGCGCCAGCGCGCCUACCGGCUACAUCCCGGCGCAGCAGCCCGACGGAGCUGCGGGACUUACAACAAACAAACCGGACAACACAGCUGCGUGCCCGCCGCCCGCCCCUCACCAUCACCCGGCGCCUCAGCCGCCGCCUCCGUGCAACGAGAGCAAAACUUUUUGUCCCACGGAAAAUAAACCGGGAGAACCGGACAUCAGUAAAGCGUAUGGGACGUUUAAAAACACCCCACCGGCGAUCCCUGGAUCCGUGGCUGCCAACUCGGCCUUCAGGAAGGAUUCCGCCGGUUCGGCCCGCGGGGGGUCCGCCCAGUACGGCGACCCGCUGCGGGCCACCGCAGAGCAGAACAACACCGCGGGCAACUGGACGGCUAUGAGCCAGACCACCAUCAUACUGGGAGCAGAUGGGAACACGUCUGUUCAGCCCGGCACCGUGGCGGGGGCUGACGACGAUGACGAGGGGGGAGAUGAGAAUAAGGCCAGAGGAAACUGGUCCAAUAAACUGGAUUUUAUUCUGUCCAUGGUGGGCUAUGCGGUGGGACUGGGGAACGUGUGGAGGUUCCCUUAUCUCGCCUUCCAAAACGGUGGAGGAGCUUUUUUGAUCCCCUACCUGACAAUGCUGGGCAUUGCCGGGAUCCCUAUCUUUUUGCUGGAGGUUUCCCUGGGCCAGUUUGCCAGCCAGGGGCCCGUGUCAGUGUGGAAAUGCAUCCCGGCCCUACAAGGUUGCGGGAUUGCCAUGUUGAUAAUAUCUGUCUUGAUAGCCAUAUACUAUAAUAUUAUAAUGUGCUGGACACUGUACUACCUGUUCGCUUCGUUGAAGGGCUCACUGCCAUGGGCUAACUGUAGGAAUGAGUGGAACACGGUGGAAUGUAAGGACAAAGACAUGCUGCUGUUAGACUCGUGCAUCCUGCGGGACAGAAACAUCUCCUCCAUCAAGAACUCCACUUUCUGUCUGUCCGCAAAUGCUGUGGGAAACCUGACUAAACUCUUAAACAUGACUGUGGACGGCAACAAGACCUACGUCAGCCCCAGUGAGGAGUACUUCAAGUACAAUGUGUUGCACAUCUCUAAAGGGAUUGAAUAUCCAGGAGACAUCCGCUGGCCUCUGGCGGGCUGUCUCUUCCUGGCCUGGCUCAUCGUCUACGCCUCUUUAGCCAAAGGAAUCAAGUCAUCAGGGAAGGUGGUUUAUUUUACAGCCACAUUUCCCUACGUGGUGCUGGUCAUCCUUCUGAUCAGAGGAGUGACCCUCCCCGGUGCCAGCGAUGGCAUCCUCUACUUCAUCACACCAAAAUGGGAGAAACUCAGUGAUGCUAAGGUGUGGAAAGACGCAGCCACUCAGAUCUUCUUCUCCCUGUCGGCUGCGUGGGGAGGCCUCAUCACUCUCUCUUCUUACAAUAAGUUCCACAAUAACUGCUACAGGGACACUAUUAUUGUGACAUGUACAAACAGUGCCACCAGUAUAUUUGCUGGGUUUGUCAUCUUCUCAGUCAUUGGUUUCAUGGCACAUGAGUUGAAGGUGCCGAUAGAGAAGGUGGCGGAUGAAGGCCCAGGCAUAGCAUUUGUGGUGUAUCCAGAAGCUCUGACCAGACUUCCUCUGUCUCCGUUCUGGGCGAUCAUCUUCUUCCUCAUGCUCCUGACUCUUGGCCUGGAUACUAUGUUUGCCACCAUUGAGACCAUCGUAACCUCGGUGUCGGAUGAGUUCCCCAAAUACUUGAGGAAACACAAACCGCUCUUCACCCUGGUCUGCUGUGUCUCCUUCUUCAUCCUGGGAUUUCCCAUGAUCACAGAGAGUGGGAUGUACAUGCUGCAGUUGGUGGACACAUUCGCAGCCUCCUACUCUUUGGUCAUCAUUGCUAUCUUCGAGCUGGUGGGGAUUUCCUACCUCUAUGGUCUGCAGAGGUUUUGCGAGGACAUUGAAAUGAUGAUUGGUUUCCAGCCAAACCAAUUCUGGAGACUCUGCUGGGCCUUUGUGACUCCAACUAUUCUGACGGGCAUUCUGGGACUGAGUCUGUACCAGUGGAAGGUGAUGACGUAUGAGGACUAUACCUACCCCACCUGGUCCAUGGUUCUGGGCUGGCUCAUGGUAAUCUGCUCCGUCAUCUGGAUCCCCAUCAUGUUCGUCAUUAAGAUGCACCUCGCCCCAGGCACCAUAAUCGAGCGUCUGAAGCUGGUCUGCUCCCCUCAGCCCGACUGGGGUCCUUUCCUGAUGAAGCACCGUGGAGAACGCUACAGGAACAUGAUCGACCCUCUGGGAACCAACUCCCUGGGCCUCAAACUGCCCCCUAAGGACUUCCAGCUCGGGUCCUACCAGUAGCAGCCACCCUG